AUGUUCUCCAAGAGCAAUCUUCUACUCUUCCUCACGAGUCUUACGAGCGUACUCGCUGCUCCAACCAAGCAACUCCGUCUUGAAGACCUCCAGUGCCGCUGCCUCACCUUCUCUACGAGUGCUGCGCCUACGCUUUGCUCGUACCAGGAACUACUCACACUCGACUGGGACACGGCUCACUCGCUUGCAACUGUCAACAAUCUCAAGAUGCAGUUUGCUAGCAGACAAGCCAUGACCAAGGUCCUUACUAUUGCCAAGCCCUUGCCUAGUAGCAUUCUCCAGAGCAUCCACGAAGGACAAGCACUGCCCUUGGAUCCAGCGGAGAAGGUGCAAAACGAGAACAAGAUCGUCUGCGGGUUUGGAGACGAGGUUCAACACGUGGGCAUUCGUGAUAAGAGCGUGGAGGUAGAGGUACAUUAUGUUGGUACCGUGUUGGGACUGUUCAUGUUGCUCCUCAUCUGCUACCUUGUUGGGGAGUACCUUUGGAUCAAGUAUAUCUCUCGUGCAGGAAGCAUCAAGUUGGAAGGAGACGAAAAGGCCUUGAGAGCCGAGUUCGAAUCGUCGACAGCGAAUCUGUCCAUCGACUACCCUUGA